CGGCAAUGUGCUGAGCCAAUGGCUUUUCCAGAGAGCAGCUGGCUGGCAUCAGGACAGGGCGUUCGGUGGAAGGAUACCUUGAGGAAGGCUCUUCUGUGCUCGCUCCAGGACGUUGAGGGUAAACAGGGCUGACUUCCAGGAGGUGUUCAUGGGAUGCACUAUCUACGCAGCCAGCCCUGAGGCCCUGCCUGCCGACGAGGCCCCAGGCCGGGACAGAUACUGCCAGCUCUUCCAUCACCGCCACCCCCAUGGUACCUGUAGCCAGAGGAUAGCAGCCACCAGAGCCAGGGCCCGGACCAUGACUGAGCAGCAGGAGCAGAUCGAGGAGACUGGUCUGGUCUCAGCGCAGGACCUGGACCCCUCUAAGGACGACGACACACAUGGCCACUUCAGGUUUCAUCUGAUUGAGGACCUGUCCUAUGAAGAUGUGAAAAAAUGCUACCGGGGUUCGUGUGUGUCUUGCAGCGGCUUGCUCCAGGCCUUGGAUGUGCGCGAGUGUGUGUGUGUAUACGGUGCCAACGUGCUGAGCCUGGUGCCGAGCUCGCGUCCUCUGAGGGAGAGGGUGGUGUCUGCGGCACGCCGAGCCGGAGGCGCUGGUGGUGUUGGUGGUGCUGCUGGGGCUGUGCAGGCAGGCCGCUCAGCCAAGGAGCUGCUCAUGACUCUGCCCUGUCCCUCUGCACAGACUGUCAGCAAGUACAACUCCCAAUACCACAAACUCUUCCAGUGCGUGCCCAAGGAUGAGAUCCUCAUGAAAGUGUACUCCUGUGCUCUUCUCAGAGACAUCCUCCUUCAAGGCCGGCUCUACAUUUCCAGACACUGGCUAUGUUUUUAUGCCAACCUCUUUGGCAAAGACAUCAAGGUUGCGAUCCCUGUUGUCUCUGUGAGGCUGGUGAAGAAGCACAAAACUGCCGGCCUGGUGCCCAACGGCUUGGCCAUCACCACAGACACGGGGCAGAAGUAUGUAUUCGUAUCUCUGCUAUCAAGAGACAGUGUAUAUGAUGUACUGCGGAGGAUCUGCACACACCUGCAGGUCAAUGGGAAGAGUCUGAGCCUGAAACAGUUCAUGGAGGAGCCCACCUUAUCCCUGGAUGAGUUCCCGGCUCCAGAUGAGUUCCCAGUGGUUGAUGAGUUUCCGUCAGUGUUGAAGUGGAGAAGGAAACCCUCAGUAGUGUCUGUGUCCUCCUCCCUUCCUGACCUCCUGGGGAACUCUGCCAGCAACCUGAGCGCUGUGGAGGCACCCUUCCAGACGGAGCAGCCACUGGAAGAGCGGACUCUGCAGAAAGAGAGGGGCCUUUUAUUGGAGCCAGUAGCAGAGCUGGGCCAGAUGGAGUACCAGCUGCUCAAGUUCUUCACCCUGCUGAUUAUCCUCCUCAUCCUGUCGUCUUGCUACCUGGCGUUCCGUGUGUGUAGUCUGGAGCAGCAGCUGUCCUUCCUCAGUAACCCCACUCUCCCCCUGCGAGACAGGUAGCCACUGCUUCCCGCUGUGACCCAUCCCAUGGCUGCUGUUUACUCGUCCCAUCCUCGGGGUUGAUGUUGCCCUCCUGCACAGAUCCCAGACCAGCUUAGAGCCCAGAUCAGAUCAACCCAACACCAGCCACCAUAGAUGAUGAAGCAACACCGACUCCAAACCAGGCGUUAUAGGAAACUUGCCACUUUUGGAUACAUUCCUAUUUGUGAUCACUUCCAGACUAUGCAAACAGGCUGUCUAUUUAUUUCUGAUUACACAGUAGGUUUUACAGUAGGUUGUGACUGUCUACCAUGGGCUGCCCCUUUCACUGCUGUUUUGCUUUUAGCUGAAAGACUUUGCAGUUUAUAGAGAUCCCAAAACAAUCAGCAGAUCACAGGUGAGAGUCCUUUGCACGGCACCAACAAAGCUUAGGACUGGAUGUGAAGAUUAGAGGAGAGAUGGUAUUUGUAUUUUGGAGGAUGGAAAUGGUUAGGCAAGAUGUAAUUAGUUGGAAAGCCUGAUUGUGAAGAGUGGGAGCAGCAGUCAUUUAUUCAUAAACUCCCUGGCUAUCCAAUUUUCAGCAAAUGUAUGUUUUUCUCAUGACAGUCUACUGUACGAGCCGAAUGGGGACUUUGUGACAAACUGUCAAAGUUAAAUUUCUCUUCCUACAGCUCCCAGUAGGAUGGCUUAAAAUAGCUGCUACAAAGCACUUUUGAAAACACGUCCAUUGUUUCAAAUGUAUGUAAUUAUUUUGGGAGUUUAGAUUAUUAUUUUUGCUUCAUGAUAGGUACUCAUUUGUCAUUGUUGAAGGCGUUUAUGGAAGGCAGAGACCUUUUGACACUUGACUCAGAUGAUGAAGUUACCUUUUAUUUAACUGUGACGUAAUGAUAACAUCACCACUGGAUGUUUACUAUGGUGUAAAUGAGAUUGUGAGAUCUGUUGAGAGAGAUGUAUAUUUUAUUAUAAAAUGUCUAAUUUUUGUUUUUAGUUAUGCUAAUCUGCCACUUUAUCAUGUCAGUGUCCAAUUAGUUUUUCCUUUUCCACAUUUCAGAAGCCACCAAAGACUGAAAAUAACGCAUUGCAGCUCUGAGUAUAAAUGACGUAUAUCUAUGGUUUUAUUGAAAGCAUUUGACAGACAUAAGUGAAACGUACUCGUAGACUAGUUUGUGACAUUGGCAUGUAUUAAACUGAAAUAUAGAUAAACAUAAGACAUUAAUGUAGUUUUUGGUUCCAUCUGUUUUUGGUCAUGUUCGGUGUGACGACACCUCAUACUGACACCAGUCAUGAAAAAGGAGUUGUAAGCAGGAUCACCAUGCAAAAGCUUUUCCGAGUAGAAACUGCAAAAAUAAAACAUAUGCACUAUAGUGAAACUGUAAAACUGGAGAGAAAACGUAGGAACAUAGUACCACUGUAUGGAGUCUUGGCUGAAUUCCAGUGAAAUUGGUGUUUAUCCACAUGUCAAACUCUGAUUUUAGGAACAUAUCACCUCUGUCUCUGUGAAAACCUUGUACCUCCAAAAUGUCAGGAGUUCGCAAAAACAGCUUUGUUACAGCUUGAUGACAGUGUUCUUUUGCGUUUUAUCCCGUUGGAUUUGAAGCAGUUUCAACAAACUCAAGUGGUUGGACAAUUUUCCCAACCCGUACAGGAGGCAGUAAUCCUUCAGCUGAAGUGAAAGCACCACCGACAAGGUUUUCACACGACAACAGCAGUAUUCAGCGAGUCAUCACAACUGUAUGGCAUGCGGAAAAUGACUGUUUCUAAUAAACAGACUAAAUAGUGUGUGUUUACCA